AUGUCUAACGAUACAUACUUCAAACCUAUAUUUUUUGUUCUUUUCCUGUUUGUUAACCAGUUCUCAUGGGUGGAAUCUCAGACUAAUGGUCUCCCUGUGGAUACAGUCUUUACAUUUCCCGGUCCUUUGCCUACUAUCCUUCCCGAUGAGGGAGGUUUUGGCAAAGGGAUCAUAGACUUGGGAGGUCUAGAGAUUGCUCAAGUCUCCAUCUCCAACUCAACAGCACAAAGAGUAUGGAGUACAUAUGAAGGAGGACCAGACGACAUGGGAUUCAGCAUCUUUGAACCUACAGAUCUCCCUUCUAACUUCUUCAAACUUGGCUUCUAUGCACAACCAAACAACCAGAAACUUUUUGGUUCGAUUCUUAUUGCAAGAAACGUAUCUUCAACUAGUUUAUUACCACCAGAAGACUACAUUGAAGUUGGUAACACUACAUCCUUGGAAAUCAAACAAGACUGGCCAGCCUAUGUUUGGCAGCCGGUAUGUCCUGAUGGAUAUCAAGCUCUUGGUAUUUUUGUCACUGCUAAUCCUGAAAAGCCUCUUCCAACACAACAAUAUACAAGUUGUGUUAGAUCCGAGUUUACGGAACAAAGUGAAGUUGGUACAUUGGUCUGGGGGAUAAAAGGAGUUAGUGUUUUUAAUUUGAGACCGGUCAUCAGAGGACCACAAGGAACAGGUCUGUACACAGGAACAUUUAGCUUUCAAGGACUAAGUUCUACUCCUCCUCCUCCUUUAUUUACCUUAAAAAAUACAAAACUUAACAUGUCUUGCAUGCCAAGCGAAGCUCAAACUAGGGUUUUGUUUCAAACCUAUUCUCCUUUGAUAUAUUUCCAUCCAAAUGAAGAUUUUCUUCCUUCGUCGGUGGAUUGGUUUUUCUCCAAUGGUGCAUUGUUGUACCAGAAAGGAAACGAAUCAAACCCUGUCCCAAUACAACCAAACGGUACAAAUCUUCCACAAGGUGGUUCUGAUGAUGGCUCGUUCUGGCUAGACUACCCGGUGGAUAAAAACCUAAAAGAAACGGUUAAAAGAGGAGACUUGAGUAGCACGAAAGUGUAUCUACACAUCAAACCAAUGUUUGGUGGGACUUUCACCGACAUUGUCGUAUGGAUAUUCUGCCCUUUCAACGGUAAUGCAAACCUCAAGUUUCUAUUCAUCAAGAGAAUAUCUUUAGGGGAUAUAGGCGAACAUAUUGGAGACUGGGAGCACGUUACUUUACGUAUAAGCAACUUCAACGGCAAGUUAUGGCGCGUUUACUUUUCUCAGCACAGUGGAGGAACGUUGAUGGAGGCGUGUGAUCUUGAGUACGUUGAUGGUGGAAACAAACCAGUGAUAUACUCGUCGCAUCAUGGUCACGCAAUGUUUUCAAAACCUGGACUUGUGUUGCAAGGCAACGGCGAGAACGGAAUAAGAAACGACAUGGAAAAAAGUGACAAGGUGUUGGACUGUGGUUCGGGGUAUGAAGUGAUUGCAGGUCUCUCAGGUGUGGUUGAGCCACCGUGGCUUAACUAUUUUAGGAAAUGGGGACCUCACGUAGUUCAUAACAUUGAGAAGUCUCUCGAAGGUUUCGCUAGGAUUUUGCCGGGAUGGUCCAACGGGUCCUAA